UUGAUCGAUUCUCAAUGGGGACGGCAGCCGCCGCCGCCCCUGCAGGCGGCGACCGGCUGAGCAACCUUCCGGACAGCCUCCUGCACAGCGUGCUCUCGUCCCUCCGGUCACGGCAGGCGGUGCACACGAGCCUGUUGUCGCGGCGGUGGAGGCACCUGUGGCGCGCCGUGCCGUGCGUCGACGUCGACCAUCGCGACUUCUUUGACGAACCGCAACCUGUUGCCCCGGGCCAUGGCGCUUCCGACGCGGCCAUGGGCGCCUUCAGAGAAGCGCAGAGGAAGAGGGCCGCCAGGGAGAAGAAGCAGUGGCGCGUCAUGGAGGACUUCGCGGACGCCGUCCUUCCCCUCAACGGCGCGUGGCCCCUCGACGCCUAUCGGCUGCACGUCCGCGACGACCUGCAUCUCCGCAAGGCCAUGGACCGCUGGAUCCGCCGCGGCCUCGCGCGCGGCCCGGCCGAGCUCGGCGUCGCCUUCGACUACGACCACCAUGGCGCCGGUUACAACAGCUGCUGGAAGGAACCUCCGGCGUUUGGCUUCAGCAUCUUCGACGGCGCCGUCACCGGCCGCCUAAGGAGGCUGUCCCUCUCCGGACUGGUCCUGCUGCAGGGAUUCCCGGAGGAGCUGAGAUCCGACUGCCCUCUCCUGGAAGACCUGCGGCUCGUCAACUGCCAGUGCAUUACGCAGUUCCUCCCGGGCAACAGGCGCAACAUCAUCCGGAUCGGCUCCCGCUCCCUCAAGAGGUUGGUUAUCGAGGGCAUGUCCAGCCCGCACCACCGGCUGUGCCUCACCGCUACCGCCCUUGUUUCCUUGAACAUCGACACGCCGGUCGCCGUGGAGGAUGAGAUGCGGUCCCUCGCCGUGGCGUCCGUCUCAUGCCAUGCCGGUGCACUCCUUCUCUUGAAAUCGCUCCGCAGCGCCACAGCUUUGGAACUGAGGAGAUUCACCACACGGGCAUUGGUCGAGGAGGAACCGGAACUAUUCCGAGAGCACCAUAACCUGAGGACGUUGGUCCUGACUGAAUGUGACAUCGGGGAUGGAUGCCAGGUUGUGGCGCACGUGCUAAAGAGCAUCCCGAAUCUGGAGAGACUCGUGCUGCAAGAUUGCAUGAUCUCAGGGAGUUGCAUGAUGGCCAGCCGCCGAGGGGCAGCACUCCGUGGUUGCUGCGAGAACCUCAAAUCGAUACGGGUCAAGUAUGAAGGGCACGAUGUCGUUCAUGCCCCGAUUGCCGCAUUAAGGGGGAAAUCAAAGGAUGCGGUCAAGCUACACCGCGGCGAAAGACCAACCAGUUCCGUUGAGUGGCACCACUGGCUGAAGCGUAUCGCCUUGUGCAGCAACCAUGCAAUUCAUCUCAGCCAGCGAUAUGUAGCUUCCAUCACCACUGGGCCUGAGUCCGAUGAGGAGCACGAGUCCACUGCAUGGAAGCACCGCGCCAGCAAGAAGCAUGCGAGGGACAUCGCCAUCAAGGCACGCCGAAGGGGGCGCCUUGCCCGGUUCUGAAAAUUGAUCGACCCACAAGGUGGACAACCUAAUAAUAAGGAGUGCACAGCACACUGAAUCCAGCCCUCAGGCCAUUUGGGAUCUCGCCGGUCUCUGGAUCAGUUUUUUGGCGAACAUUAAUUUGUCUGCUAGUAACAUCUCUUCAUGUGUGUGCCAUGAAAUGAGUUUUUCUUCGUGUCCCGGUGGAAGCAUUUUAUUCAUUCCAUGGAAACAUUUUUUUCAUGUUGUGGUACACAAUCACACAAUAAACUUGUAGUUUCCCUGCUCGUUGUCGUAGCAUUGUGGGUAUCAACCUGCAGCGCAUGACCUUGGUCUAGAAUGGUUUUCAAUUUCAGUUUCAUAAAAAUUUCAGCACCAAUCGAAAUCACCGAAAUUCAGUGAUUUUCAGUGAUUUCGGUUUUCAUUUCGGUCCAAGGGCUGAAAUAUUCACUUGAAUUCAAUUAAGAUUUUGAAAUUUUUGAAAAGUAUUUGAAUUUUUGUGUACUACUGAAAUUGCCAAAAUAUUUCAGUCUUUGCUGAAUGUGAACAACACCUAGAUCACUCCGGUGGCAACCUGCUCACCAUCCUAGAUAAAAUUGAACAUUGUGUUAGUAAGACAGAGCGGAUCUUUGACAAACUAACUAGAUGCUUGCUUGCAGUCAUGAUAUGGUACAAACUUUUAAUGUGUGUAUGCUUUCUAUUUUUAUAUAUUGUUCUGUUUCAAUGUGUUUAUGCUUUUCAUUCUGUAUAUGUAGAUGGUAGUAACAGCUUAGGGGGCUAGUACCGGCAGCCCCUCGGCACCAGCUCCCUAGUGCACGAUGGCUUCCCAGCGCAGAGGGAGUUCUCUGCCUCCACCAGCUCGUAGCGGUCGACGUGCCGAUCGACAUCUUGCUAGCGGACACGCGCGACACACCUCGCGGCAGAUCCAUGCGCCAUUUGGGCAUACGCAAUGGAUUCCCGGCUGUAGGACUCGGAGCGCUGCCGUCUGGCGGCCUCCUCCUGGAGCGGCAGAGCGCAAUCCGAGUGGUCAUCUUCUCCUCGGGGUGCGUGGAUGAGCUCAGGGUCGUUGUGUCUGGAGGAGUAGAACUCAGAUCUACUGCCCGCCAUGUCGGAGAAGGCUGGAGAUCUCCAGACAUGAGUUUGGGUGGCAGAGUGGGGGGAGUGGACUGGAGUGGGUAGGGUGUAUUUUCCCAGAGACAGCUACGACAGUAUGUCCAUGCAUUCAUGGUUGCAUUUGACAGGAAUAGUACCUUCCAUAAAUAAUUGUUGUAAGUGCAGUUGUUCAAGAAGAAAGUCUGUCAUGGAGAGAGCACUUCUCCGCAAACUGGCUAUCAGUUUGCACAAACAACCUCUUGAUCGCCUUCUUUCAGACUCAAGAGGGAAAACAACAUCUUUAUCGAGCACACUGGCCUCGGCCGCAAGUGCCGGCAGCAACGACACGAGGUAAGCAACCUUGU